AUGGCGAACUUCGCCGCUCAUUCGCCUUUCCACUCGCCGCCUGAGUCGCCGUUUUUCCCGCGCGUCGACGGCGUGACGCUUCUCCGUCGUUUUCUUAGAGAGAGCAGCCGAUUGCUGGGGGAAAGCGGGGGAAAUGGAGGCGAAAGUUCAGGAACAAACCCAAGCUCUAGCAGCGAGUCGAGCGUAGAUCUGUCCUCGUCCAUGCUGUACACUCCGACCUUCUUUACUGCUACUGUGGCGGCGAUUAUUAUCGUCGUGUCGCUGCUUUUUGAACGGCUUAUUUAUCUCAUUCACAGAUUCUUGGUUCGGAAGAAGCGAGCGGCUCUCGUGACGGUGGGGCACCGCAUUAAAGAUGAGCUGAUGCUGGUGGGAUUCAUCUCCAUUGUGCUGGCUCUCAUCGACCCGCUCAUAGUCCAAUGGUGCAUCACCAUCCCCCGCUCCACCAUCUUCAUCCCAUGCAAACCCCCAUCCUCCUCCUCUGCAUCUGCGCCGCCCGCCUCCAAGUCUGCACCGCCCGCUUCCGAGUCUGCACCAGCCGGCAAUACUGCACACCUUGGACUGUCUGAUGGGCGGCAGCUGCUAUCCGGGCGGCGCGGAUUCGAUGAUGGUUUCCACCAUGGUGGUUACCACCACAGUGGCUAUCAUGAGAUGAGCAGGAGGGUGUUGUCCAGCUCAGAGAACACAUGCCCAUCGGGUCAAGAGCCCUUCAUGUCGCCAUCGGGAGUGCACCAACUGCAUCUCUUCAUCUUCUUCCUCGCCCUGGGCCACAUCCUCUACUCGUGCAUCACCAUCAUAAUUGCCCACCGACGGGUGAUGCGCUGGAAAAGCUGGGAGGCGGAGGCACUCAAAAAGUCGCUUGAGAUGGAAACCGUGCCUGUUUCAGGCCAGCUGGCCCUCGCCCUUCAGGACUCUGCCUUUCAGCACCGCCACGGCACUUCUCUUACUUCUCUUGAUGCAUCCUCUCCCCUCAUCCUCGUACCCCCUCUCCUCCCUCCUUGCACGCACUCCAGCCAGCUGACCCUCGCCAUGCAGAACUCUGCCUUUCAGCACCGCCAAGGUCAACUGACCCUCGCCCUCCAAGACUCGGCCUUCCAGCGCCGCCACGGGGCGGAUUUCAAUGCGUCCUCACGCCGUGUGUCCCACUUGCACACAUUCUCCGGUCCCAUCUUCCACUCCACCCGCCUCUUCCGCUCGGGCCCCCUCACUCCCUCCACCACCGCUUCCAUCGCCCAGCGCUCCCGAAGCAUCUCCCAACACGACAGCGGCGCCUCGUCCUUCCUCUCCCGCCUCCCGUCCUUCUCCUCCUCUUUCCGCCUCCCGCAUUCUGCCCCCUUCCCUGCACGAGACUCCUCGUCUGGGCGAUUGAACCACUGGCACCCCACAGCCUACGUUCAUAUGACUAAGGAAACACCGCCCUCCCCGGUUCUGGAUAAGACUGAAGGGGGGCGUGGGGGAGGAGGAAAAAGAGUUGGAGGAGCUUCUGCUGCUGCCAGUUAUGGUGGUGGUGGUGGUGGUGGUGGUGGUGGUGGUGGUGGUGGUGGUGGUGGUGGGGGCAAUUCUUGCCCUUCCCCUGCGUCUGCUGCUGCUGCUACUGCUGCAGUGUAUGGUUCUGUUACCCGUUCUACUUCUUCCGUUUUUGCUGCUGCGUCUGCGGCAGGUCCUGCCGAGUCUGUUUCUGCGUCUAUCGAGUCCCCUGCUGCUGCAGCGGCAGGAGCACAGAAGGAGGGAUUGAUAAAGAAACGGGAGGUGCACUUCACUCCGAGCACCAAGGGGGGCAGCAGGAGCAAUAGAGAUGGUAGCAGCUGUGGUGAUUGUGAGGGUGGCGUUAGUAGUGAGGGUUAUGGUGGUGAGGAUGAAGAGAGUGAGGGUGAAGGGAGUGAGGGUAAUGAGAGUGAGGGUGAUGAAGGUGCAUUCGAGCUUGAUGAGUAUGAUGAGGUGGUUGCAUGGGCGGAUGGAAUGGUUGAAAGCGGUGGGGAGGCUGGGGAGGAUGAUGGGAUGGAAUGGGAGGGCGAGGGAAUCGCAGAAGAGGAGAGAGGGAAGGUGAGGAGAGAGGGAGGUGAUAAGGGAACGGGAGAAAACAGGCAGUUGGGUAGGAAGACCGUGGGAGGAGGAGCGGGAGAUGGAGGUGGGGGAGGAGGUGGAGGAGGUGGAGGAAGGGGAGGAGGAGGAGGAGGGAGCGGAGGGGAAGGAGGGGCAGGGGAGGGGGAGGUUGGGGGUGGAGACAAGGAGGGGGAAGGAGAAGUUGGAGAGGAGGUGGAAGGUGGGGAGGGGGAGGAGGGCACAGCGCGUGUGGAUGCAAGUGGGCAUCUGUCUGCUUGGCACUCCUUCCUCCUCACCUAUAAAGCAGUGACCCAGCAGAUACUGUCGCCCAUCACACAGCUCGACUACACCACGCUGCGCCUUGCCUUUAUCCAUAACCACGGCCUCCCCCAUGACUUCAACUUCCACGCCUGUGUGCUGCGGGCGCUGGAAAAGGACUUUAUCAGCAUGGUCGGCACCAA